ACAUACAAAUUAUCGAAAUGUCAAAUAAUUUUUAAGGUUAGAAUUUUGUUUGAAAAUGAAUUUACCCGAUUCUGAUUCUGAAGAUGAAUUACCUCCAGGAUGGGAGGAAAGAGUUACUACAGAUGGAAAUGUUUAUUAUGCAAAUCAUUUAAUCAAGCAAACUCAAUGGACGCAUCCAAGAACUGGUAAGAAAAAAGUUGUAAGUGGAGAACUUCCUUUUGGUUGGGAACGUUGUGUAGAUUCUAAUACGGGAAAAGUUCUUUAUGUUGAUCAUGAAAACAAACGUACUACAUAUACGGAUCCUCGAUUAGCGUUUGCAAUUGAGCAGAAAGAACAUUCAAACGAUUACAGGCAGAGAUUUGAUGCUUCAAGUACAGCUCUUCAGGUGUUACAUGGUAGGGAUUUAAGUGGAAAAGUUGCUUUAAUAACUGGAGCAAAUACUGGGAUUGGUUUUGAAACGGCCCGUUCGCUAGCUAAACAUGGUUGCACAAUAAUUUUUGCUUGUAGAAACUUAAAAGCAGCAAAUGAAGCCAUUGCUACUAUAAAUAAAGAACGUCCUGGUGCAAUUGAAAAAUGCGAAGCAAUUUCAUUGAAUUUAGCAUCGUUAAGAAGUGUGCUAUUUUUUGCUGAAAUUGUUAAAGAAAAAUACAAAACUUUAGAUAUUUUAAUUUUAAAUGCUGGUGUUUUUGGUCUUUCUUAUGAAAAAACUGAAGAUGAUCUUGAAAUGACUUUCCAAGUGAAUCACCUCUCUCAAUUUCUUUUAACUCUCCUUUUACAACCCUUAUUAACAGUGGGCUCAAGAGUUGUUAUUGUUUCUUCAGAAUCCCAUCGUUUUGCAAAUCUUUCUUUAGAGACAUUAUGCCCUUCAAAUCUUUCCCCAGAUUCAUCUCACACUUACUUUGAUAUGCGAGCUUAUAACAAUUCAAAAUUAUGUAACGUUUUAUUUGGCAGAGAAUUAGCUAAGAGAUUGCAAAAUCAAGGGAUAUCAGUUUUUAGUUUACAUCCAGGGAAUAUGGUUUCAAGUAAUAUAGCUAGAAAUUGGUGGGUUUAUAAGCUUGCAUUUGCUUUAGUACGACCAUUUACGAAAUCAUUACAACAAGCUGCCAGUACAACUAUUUAUUGUGCUACUGUUCAUGAAUUAGUUGGAGUAACCGGAGUUUAUUUUAAUAAUUGUUAUCCGUGUGAAGAAAGUGCUUUAGCAAAAAGAGAUGAUAUGGCUAAAUUGUUGUGGAAAGUUAGUGUGGAGAUGAUCCAAAGAGUUUUAGGUGAUGAUUGUCAAUUAGAAUAAUAAUUUGAUAACAUAAUAAACGAUUUUUUAGAAAAUUGA